GUCGAGUGGUUAGGCAAAAUAAUUUACACAAACUACUAUUUCUGGAAUAUGCAUAAGUACUACGGAGCUCCAGGCUGGCAACGUGAUAGCAACUCAUCAUAAGCCACACAAAUACCAAGAUGCUCCCAGACCUCACACACGUUGAACCCUCCAACUCUGCCAUAGUCGUCAUCGACGUACAGAACGACUUCGUCAGCGGCAGUCUCGCCGUCCGCGACGCAGAGCAGAUCAUCAGUACCAUCAACGCUCUCCUGACGCUUCCAUUCGCUCUUAAAGUUGGUUCCCAAGACUAUCACCCCGCCAACCACAUAUCGUUUGCGCGCAAUCAUGCGGGGAAAAAGGAAUUUGACAAGAUCACCAUAUUCCCUCCCGCAGAGUUGGUAGCAGGGAUGCCUGAGGAUGAAAGGCCACUUGAAGCGCUAGAUCAGGUGCUGUGGCCUGUCCAUUGCGUUCAGGACACGUUUGGGGUAGCAUUUGUGGACGGCCUAGAGCAUGAGGGCCUGGAAGUCGUCCGCAAGGGCUGCGACGUCGGGGUCGAGUGUUAUUCUGCAUUCGAAGAUCCAUGGGGACUCACAAACACUGGACUCAAGGACAAGCUGAAGAACAAGGAAAUAUCAAAUAUUUUCGUGGUCGGAAUAGCGGGAGAUUAUUGCGUCAAGUUUACUGCACUUGAUGCAAAGAAACACGGGUUCAGGACAUUUGUGAUCAAGGAUGCGGUCAAGAGUGUAUCUGAUGAGGGCACAGAAUGGAUCGAGAUGACCAAGGCGGGGGUGGAAAUUAUCGACACGGCUGAAGAGCUUUUGACGUCAAAGAUAUUCUCUCAGUAGCUUAUAUAA